AUGUGGCGCGGCCUACGCGUGUUGCCACGCCCAUGCGUUGCAAAGAAACAGGUGGCAGCGGCGUGUGCAGAGCAACUCCGCUGCACAUCCUACUCAUCCUCGUCAUCAUCAACUUUCUCUUGCGGGGAAGCACACGGCGCGACGGGAGGGGGGACCAGCAGCAGCAGCAGCAGCAGGAGUGAUUAUGAAAAAACUGGUGGUGAGAAUGAUGGAGGGUUCGAAAAGACAUUCUCCGCGGCGACAGCGGGCGAGCGCCGGCGCAUCGCAAGGAAUUGGGAGAAUGCCUUCUUUGGUCGCGUGCACUACGAGCCGGGAAUGCACGAGCAGUACCAGAGCGCCGUCGAGUCAGAGGACGCGGAGGCGGGGCCAGAGCAGAAAAGCAAUCGCGAGUUGUUUCCUGACUGGCCCGAGGACGAGGAGGCGCCGCUGCACGAGUUCCGCCGGUUGCCAGACGCACUGAAGAAGCGCUACAUCAUCAACCGCCUUUCGAUGGGCGAACGGCGCAUAUUGUACGCCCCGGACUAUGGCAGCCUGCUCAUGAUGCAGCACCUCAACCUUGGCGAGCUCAUGAUCAACGAGGCGGAGCGGCUUCUCGUGGAAUGCGGGUGGCUCAACGAGACGGUGGGGGCGAAGAUUGCCGCUGUGCGGGACAGCGCGGCGAAGGUUAAGUUUGACUUUGACCUCGAUUGA